AGAUGAUGCAUAGGUAAAAGCCAAGAAGAGUAGAUAAGGAACCCGCCCUUCCUUUUCUUUAAAAACAAAAUUAAAAAAAAAAACAUUAAUAAUAAUGAUUUAGAUGUUCUUCUUUUCCUCAAAACUUUUAACAUUUCAUACCAGAAAGUCAGUCCAUGGCUGAGUGAGCCCUUUGUAUUGCUACUUCCACCCAUAAAAUUCUGAAAAAUAAAUGUGGUACAAGAAUGCUUUGAGGGGAUUCAAGCUUUUCAGAAACCAUACUCAGGACAGUGAAUUUUUACAAGAAUAAUUAUUUGAGACUUGUGAUCAUAGACGUUAUCUGGUUUGAUUUUUGACAUAGAGAGAAGAAAAGUUAAGUCAUGUAAUUAACAUUCUCCAGUCACAGAAGAGCUCAUGUGUUGUGGGGCAGUGCUGCAUUUGACAGGCCCAGCUACACCCACACACACACACACAGACUCAUACUUUUAGCUUUAUUGGCUAUCCUCUCACCUACUUCAGCCAGCCAGCCAGCCCCAUCAUCUUUCCUUCUCUCUCUAGAUAGAGAGAGACAUCAGUCAAUCACAAGCAAGAAAAGAAGAUCCCCACGCACUACCAGUGGUGCAGUGUGAGGAUCACAAGACUUGGUAUACCAAAACAAAUCCAUUUCUUUUUUCAAAAAAAAGUAUUUAUUGUAUAUAUAUAGUUUUGAUUUUUUUUUUGGUUGGAAUGUAAAAUAUAUUUUUCAAUAAUUCUUGUGUGGACUGACUUGAAGAACAAGGAAACAUGAGCUGCAAAGCAAAAUGGGUUUCAAUCCACUUGUGAAAAUUCUUGGUUCUUGAAGAAGAAAAUCAAGAAAAGGAAGGUUUUUUGGUUGGUACCCAGAUGGUGUUAAUGGACUCACAAAGCAAUAAUCAGCAAAAUAGCAGCAGCAAUAAAGAUCAUCAUCAUCAUCAUCAUCAUCCUCACCAUCAUCACCAUGGCCAAAAACAAGAACCAUCAGCAGCUUCACUGCAAUUAGUCUCUCUUGAAAAUCAAUCAUCACAGCUUCAACAGCAGCAGCAUGGGUCUAUAGCGGCUACCACCACUGCUAGUGCUACUGCUCAGGGCCCAUUCAUGGGCUCCAUCUCCAACCAAAUUGGAGUCCACCCUUCAACUUCUAACUCCAAUAAUUCAGCUCUCACCAUCAAACCCACCACCAAAAAGCCCUCCAAGGACCGCCACACCAAGGUAGAUGGCCGGGGCCGGCGCAUCCGUAUGCCUGCCUUAUGUGCUGCAAGAGUUUUCCAACUCACUAGAGAAUUAGGACAUAAAUCUGAUGGAGAAACUAUAGAGUGGCUAUUACAGCAAGCUGAACCUGCCAUAAUAGCAGCUACUGGAACUGGUACAAUUCCUGCUAAUUUCUCUACAUUAAAUGUUUCACUGCGCAGUAGUGGCACUACCAUUUCAGCUCCACCAUCAAAAUCAGCUCCUAUUUCUUUCCACAGUGGUUUAGCUUUUUAUGAUCCUAAUAAUAGCAAUACUAAUAAUAAUGGAAGUAGCGAGAAUCGAAGACUUCUCGGCUCAAAUACUGCAAUGUUAGGUUUUCACCAUCAGCUAUAUCCUUCAAAUCUUGCUUCUGAGGAGAAUUACAUGAGAAAAACAUACACAGAAGAUCUUUUAAAAGGAACAUCCACACCGACAACGACACAACAAGAAGCUACUGAGCCAAUAGAUAAAAGUUCUAACAAGCCAGCAGCUGCAAGAACUGGAGUAGUAGUUCAAGAACAUCAAGAAUUAGGUUCAAUUAGACCAUCAAACAUUCUUGCCACACCAGCUGCUAUGUGGGCAGUUGCCCCCGCAGCGGCUGCAAAUGGUGGGAAUGCAUUUUGGAUGUUGCCAGUAGGUGGUGGAACAGCCACGACGGCCGCUGUGCCGGAGCCUCAGAUGUGGACAUUUCCUGCAGCUGGAGUAACAUCUAUGCAAAGAGUGAAUUUUUCUGGGGGUGGAAGGUUAAGCCCGGUUCAACUUGGGUCCAUGAUAGUACAGCAACAAGUUGGAGGUGGUCAACAACUUGGGUUAGGAGUAGCCGAGAGUAACAUGGGGUUGCUGGGAAGUGUUAAUGCUUAUAACAGUAGGGUUGGACUGGGCAUGAACUUAGAGCAACAUAAUCAAGAAAGUCACCAACAAGGUAGUGAUAGUGGAGAUGAUCAAAACCCUACUGAUUCACAAUAAUGUCAACAAUUUGAUAUGGUGAGUGUUGGUUUAUAACUAAGCAAGAUUUUUAGUUCAAAAUUUCUGUUUUUGUUUGAGACUGUUUUCUUUCUUUCUUUUUUCCUCUAUAAUUCAUUUGAUAGGCUUCUUCUUUAGCAGCCUUUUUUGA